AUGCUGAGGGAAAACCAGAGCCAUGUGACUGAAUUUCUCCUUCUAGGACUGACCACAGACCCCAAACAGCAGAUAUGGCUUUUUGCCGGCUUUCUUGCCAUGUACCUGGUCAACGUGGUUGGCAACUCGGUCAUCAUUGCAGCCAUCUGGAGAGAGGUUCACCUGCACACUCCUAUGUACUUCUUCCUCUCCAGCUUGUCCCUGGUGGAUAUCUGCUUUACCACGGUCAUUGUGCCCCAGAUGUUAGUGAACUUGCUCACACAGAACAAGGCCAUCCUCUUUGCCCAGUGCCUCACACAGAUGUACUUCUUUGUGGCUUUUGGUAUUACUGACAGUUUCCUCCUGGCCGCCAUGGCCAUUGACCGCUACAUGGCCAUCUGCGACCCACUGCAUUACACCACAACCAUGAGCCCCAGGCGCUGUCUCCUGCUGGUGACUGCAUCCUGGGUGGUGUCCCACCUCCAUUCGCUCACCCACACCAUCCUUAUGAGCCGACUCUCCUUCUGUGGACCCAACAGCAUCCACCACUUUUUCUGUGACGUCCAGCCACUGCUGACGCUCUCCUGUUCUGACACUUCUAUCAAUGAGCUUGUGGCCUUCACAGAGGGCUCCUUUGUGAUCAUGAGCCCCUUCAUCUUCAUUAUUGUCUCCUAUGUCUAUAUCGCCCGUGCUGUUCUGAGGGUUCCUUCGGGGGGAGGCAGGUACAAGGUCUUCUCCACCUGUGGGUCUCAUCUCACAGUUGUAGCUCUGUUCUAUGGAACCAUAAUAUCCGUGUAUAUUCGCCCCUCAUCCACCUAUUCGGUGACAAAGGACCGGGUGGUCACUGUCAUCUAUACAGUGGUUACCCCCAUGUUGAAUCCUUUCAUCUACAGCCUCAGAAACAAGGACAUGAAACAGGCCUUGAGAAAGCUGGUAAGAAGAACACAGUAG